AAAAAUUAAAACCCAAUAUAAUAACAGUUGUUAAUAGAUGGAUAAUGGUUGAUGUAGUGUUCCAAACUUCUAAAGUAUGCAAGGUAAAGAAUUUUAAAAGUUGUGAUGAAGUAACUAGCAGUGUUUUAAAUUACGUUGAAAAGAAAAUAGCUGAAUUAAAUGAAAAGAUAAGUGCAGAUGAAUUUAUUAAUAAGUGCAAAGAAUUAGAUAGUUAUCUAAUAAAAAAUAAGAGUGAUUGUAACCAAUGCUAUGGACGUAAUUAUCAAAGUGAUGAUAUUGAUGAACUUGUAAAAAUAUAUUUAGAAACGGUUACUAAAUUUGGUGGAUGUCCACAACCCCUUACACCUGAAGGUGAAGAACGUAUUAAAUUAAUAAGUGAAAUAGAAGAAUUCUGUGAAAAAAGAAGGGUCAUAU